AUGUACCAGUUGUCGGACUCAACCUCACCUCGUUCAGGAUAUUUCGUGAGUGCGCCUGGCGUAGAAGGGAUGGCGGCGCGGAAAUGGUUCCUGCUCGUGGACGAGAACGGCAAGGAUCUCACAUCGACGACUUCUGUUGAUGUGGAUGUUGAAGAUGUGGAUACGUUCCGAAAGGCAGUGAAGAAAGAGUGUCCGAGCGCUCUCGCGAACGUCGAUGCUGUCGACCUCACAGUCUUUGCGAACCGUGCGGAGUACGAUGCGAAGCGAAACGUGCUGCUGCCCCAGUCGUGGUCCCCAGUGACGGCGUAUGGGAAUAAUGAAGAGAAUGCGCUCAGUGUGCAAGUGACGAAGCACGCAGAAAGCGAUUCACGUUAUUUUAUCCAGCCAAACGUUCAAGAACAAGUCGAAAAGGCAGUAUUUGUGAUCGUGGAAGAAGACGGAGAACGCAACGGUGUUGGAAUGGGUGUGUUUUCACUUGACUCUAGCGGUGACAUGCGACCAUAACCUAACGGAGCAACAAACUGUGGGAAGCAUGGUGUCUGUGGCGUUGAAGGAA